CACAUGGGGGGGCAAACGGGGUCUUUGACCUGGGUGAAAUAAAACCUCAAUUCGCCCCAGCUGGAACAGGAUCCAUUUUGAAUAACAUAGUUCAUUGGAUCAGCUAUACGUCUUGCGCAAUGGUGAAGUCAAUGAACUGGCUGGAGGCAUUGAUUUUUAGAACAGGGGGGAAAGGUCCUAAAGUGUUACAAAACAUUCACUCUUUGUUUGGCAAAACUGGUCCUCACAAGCUGCUGUCGUGUCUCUGGAAAAACUUCAAAGGGGAAAAUACAGAACACAGAUACCUAAAACAGAAAUAUUCCUCAUAUAACAAGUGUGCUGUUACAUGGUCUCUUAUCAACUUUUAAAAUAGGAUUUUGGCAUCACAAUUUGAGAGUGAAUCUUUGAAAAUUCACUUGUCAUUGAAGGAUGGCGUCGUCAGCUUUUCAAAUCUCUGCACUGCUUCUGGCUUUUCUGGGUCUCAUCCUUUUACUGGUUGCCACUGUGUCCAACUGCUGGAAAAUUUCUAGUCCAGCUACAGGGCUUAUUACUGCAAGCUGGAUUUAUGAAGGUCUCUGGAAGAACUGUGUAGCUACUUCUCUGGGCUCAGUUCAGUGCAAGAAAUUCUUUUCCUUGCUCAGUUUGGAAACUUAUAUUCAAGCAUGUCGGGCCCUGAUGAUCACUUCUCUCAUCUUGGGUAUGUGUGGGACUCUGCUGACAUUGCUUGGUUUGAAGUGCACUCAGCUUGGAUCCAAUAGUGAAAAUGCAAAAUCAAAAAUUGCCAUGCUGGGGGGAAUGGUCUUCAUUUUAGCAGGUCUCUCAUCAAUGGUUGCUAUUUCUUGGUAUGCAGAAAGGAUCACAGCUCAGUUUUUUGAUUCAUUUUAUGGUGGAACCAAAUAUGAGCUGGGAUAUGCACUGUACUUAGGCUGGGCUGGUUCCCUCCUUUCUAUACUCGGUGGGAUCUUCCUGACAUGUUCAGCAUGCAAAGAAAAACACAGAGACUACAAGUAUGCUGCUACCCGGCAAGGCAACGAUGCACGUAUUUACAUCAAACAGUCCGAGACAGUCACAUCUGCCAAAGACUACGUUUAGAUUUUAAAAUGUUUCAUAUGUUCUAACUCAUUACUGUAUAACAUCUAAGCCCUCCAUUCCCAUUUCCAUAUUCCACUUUCAACGGACAUUUUACAUAUAUGUAGAAUUUCCUUCUGGUAAUAGUUUAAGCUACAGUGUCAUUUGGGUCUAUGAGGACUAGCCUAGUAAAGAAAAAUAAUAUGUAACAUGUUAGCAUAUUCCCAACCCCAACCCCAAAACAAAAACAAAAACAAAAAAAUAACACCCAGGAGGUGUUUUUUAUCUAGUUUUAUCUAGUUUAUCUACAUUUAUUUAGUUUGUCAUAAUGUUGUCUCAUUGUACUAGGGAACACUGUAAACUUAGGAUCAUUUCAGGAAUAAAACGUCUUAUCUCUCUCUGAAGGAUUCAGUAUUUAACCACACAAUAUGCAAACACUAUAUGAGGCAUGAACUGAUUCUGACAAGUUAUCAUGGACCUUAAUAAUAUUGGUACCACAGUAUUUGCAUAGUGCUUUAGAGUGUCCAGAGUGCUUCACACACAUAUUAUCUCUGUAACCAUUACAACAGUUCUGCAUGGUUGAUCUGGAUAAUCCCCACACUGCAGAUGGAGGAAGGGGCUGAGGAAGAGAGAGGGAAAUUUGCUUAAGGCCUCCUACCAAGGUUGUGAUGGAGGCAAGAUUCGAAGGGGAAACAUUCUCAUUCACAUCACUUAGGCAUUGCAUCGCAGAGCUCUCAUUGGCCAGAGCUACUGUUAAAGAGAAUUUUUGUGCAGAACCUUUGUUACAUGUUUUGACCUGCUGCUUAUGAAUGUAUGUUCUACCGAGUGCUAACAUCUUUACUAUUUGUGUAUAUUCAAUAAACCUAGAGUUUUUGCUUCUUUAUAACAAA